AUGUCAGCUCAUACUUCAGAAAUAACAAUCUUCAGACCGCAGUAUGUCGGCGACGAAAGGCGACUUGGCCACAGGGACACCGACGAACCCAUCGAGCAUCCGGAACCAUCUACGAACCGACGACAUAUUGAUAGAUCUCCGCCCUUUUUGCCCGUUGAUACAAGUCCAGCCAGAGGUCAAAUCGCCGUCGCGGAACAGCUCCCUUCUCCUGAAGUCACCAAUUCAUCAGAGGGCCAUCAAUACACCGGGGAGCCUCCGACCGGACCUCGUGCUGUUGGCAAUCCCAUCCCCGAAGAGACGUGGACAGAUCUCGAAAGUGAAACUCAAGAUUCGGAAAUCCGUGGAUGGAUCUUAGAAACUGAAGGCUCGGAGGAAAACGAGACGCAGCCGCCACCGAUCGAACCAUAUCCUGAUCCAGAUCCUCCAGCAUUGAGAGGGAUUAUGCCGUCAGUAAAUCGCAAGUCGUCUCAAGAAUCACUUGGGCCUGCUUCGUCGUAUGGUGAGGACCCGGACAGUAUCGCUUCUACCGACGCGAGGUCCAAUUUCUACACCAGUCCAGCUUUCCCAGUCUGGGAUGGCACCCUGAACAGACCAAAGAUCCUUCACACCAUCAGGACAACAUGGGUGGACGGCGAAAUUCACGCCUUGAACGUGACCGACACCGAUUUCUACUGGAAAGGCUUCAAUACAUCGAAGGAGGAACUACACGGAUUUGCCACAUUCAUCCAUAGUACUUUGUGCGCUCGAAAGGAUGUGAACGACCAUUUCGAGUCUUUGAAGGUCGGUGUACGGCUCGACAACGGUGUUUCCGGAGACGGAAGGUUUUUUCGUCAACGAGAUCACACGUUGGUACGGCGCGGACUUUUUCUCAAUCAUGACGCUUGGCCCGCCUUAUACGCAACUAUGUAG